ACUACCUGAAGCUGUGGCUGGAGAUCUUCAUUGGCUCCUAUGAGAGAUGUCUAGAUGUGGACUUUGAGAAGCCACCCUCCAGGUUGGAGGAGGUGCCUCCAGUGAUGACCCUGCUGCCAGACAACAUCCUGCAGGUGUUGCGGCACCAGCUGCUCCAGUGUGUCCAGAAGGCCUCGGACGGGCUGGAGCAGGAGCAGCAGAACCUGGCCCUCCUGCUGGUCAAGUUCCUCAUCGUCAUCUGCAGGAACCUGUCCAAUGUGGAGGAGAUUGGCACCUGCUCCUACAUCAACCAUGUCAUUACCAUGACAACGCUCUACAUCCAGCAGCUGAAGAGUAAGACCAAGGAGAAGGAGAUGGUGGACCAGACUCAGGCUGAGGAGUUUGUCCGCCACUCUCUGGCCUUCUGCGAGAGCCUGUACGACCCCUACCGGAACUGGAGACAUCGCACCUGCGGGGACCAGCGGAGUACAGUGGAGAAGAGCAGACAGAAACACAAAGCAGCUCCUCUCACCGUGGAGUUUGUCCCCUUCUUCUACCAGUGCUUCCAGGAGAGUGAACACCUUAAGGACAGUCUGAAAUGCUGUCUGUUACACCUGUUUGGAGCCAUCGUGGCAGGGGGGCAGCGUAAUGCUCUACUAGCCAUCUCCCCAGCCACCAUGGAGGUUCUGCUGCGUGUGCUGGGGGACUAUGAGGGGGGAGACAUGGACGGGAAGGACUGGGACAGUGAGGCUCCAGACCGGAAGUCCCUGCUCACUCUGGGCUGUCUGAGGGAGGUGGUCCACUCCCUCCUGGCCAGCAGCUCAGACCAACGCCAGGUGGAGAUCGGCUCGGUGCUGGAGAACUACUUCAAACUGCUCAACUCUGAUCCGGCGGCAGCGGCCGUGCAGCAAGGGGUCAAAGGUCAUAAGGUGCUGGGCCGCCACUGGGAGAGCCGCUUCGUAGCGCUGCAGGUGCACAUGCUAGACACUAUAAGGGAUAUGUUCCUGUGUUCGGACCGUCCCGUCCUGCAGGCCAUCUUCCUCAACAGCAACUGCUUCGAGCACCUGACACGCCUCCUACAGAACAGCAAGCUGGUUAAUGCUAGGUGCACGACAGCAGAGAAGGACCAGAAAGAUUUCACCAACAGGUUACUGACAGUGACAGGAGAGAGUGACACCCAGGUGUUUCAAGGGCGACUGGACUCUCUCGCCGUGGCAACCAUCAAAGCCCUGACGACGGUGAUGCACAAGUCGCCUGCUGCAAAGGAGGUGUUCAAGGAGCGGAUUGGCUACACUCACCUGUUUGAGGUUCUGGUCUCCCUGGGCCAGCCCUCCAGACACCUGCUGAAGGAACUGAUGAAUAUGGCUGUGGAGGGUGAACACAGCUCGGUGGGUAUCCUGGGCAUCAGUAACGUGGAGCCCCUGCUCCUCCUCAUCCAGUGGCUCCCAGAGAUGGACUCUGCUGAGCUGCAGGUGUUCACUGCUGACUGGCUCCGCCGCCUCUGCUGCAUCAACCGACAGACGCGCGCCACCUGCGUCAACGCCGCCAUGGCCGUGCGGCUCCUCGCCACCCUUGGGCACCACGCUCGCCUGCACCGGGCGUGCGCAGAAAGCCUUGUCAGUUUGCUAGGGUCGCUGGGGAGCCAGUCGCUGAGCGGCGGUGAGCUCCUCCAGUUACUCAGGCUUCUGAGGCCGCUGGAGCCCGGGCAGCCUCACCCGUACGUGGGCCCGGUGUUGAGGGCGGUCCUGGGCAUGGUGCGGAAGCAGGGUCUGGAGAGCGCCAUGCAGUACUUUGAUCUGUCGCCCAGCAUGGCUGGCAUCGCCGUGCCAAUGGUGAUGCGCUGGCCGGGCCCCGCCUUCAGCUUCCUGGCCUGGCUCUCAUUGGACCAGGACCAGCAGGGACUGCCCGGCAAGGGGGACAAGAGGAAGCAGCUGUACAGUUUCUUCACCCCGGGAGGAACGGGCUUGGAGGCCUUCAUCAGUUCAGCAGGGGUACUGGUGGUUGCCGUGUGCACCAAGAAGGAGUACAUGACAGUGAUCCUACCAGACUACUCUUUCUGUGACUCACUCUGGCACAGUAUAGGUGUAGUCCAUGUACCGGGGAAGAGGCCAUUUGGACAGAGCCUAGUUUACAUCUAUGUAGAUGGACAGCAGAAACUGUCAGCACCACUCAAGUACCCGACCAUGACAGAGCCUUUCACCUCCUGCUGCAUCGGCUCAGCGGGCCAUCGGACCACCACGCCACCCCCCUCCCAAAUCCCAGACCCCCCCUUCUCCGGGGCGCCCCCUUCCGCCCGCUCCUCCCUGGGGGGCAUCCUGUCGACCCAGGGCUGGGGGAGCCUCCUGGGGGGCAAGCCUGAGUCGGUCACCAAGUUGAUCUCUGCGGGGACGCAGGACAGCGAGUGGGGCAGCCCCACCUCCCUGCAGGGCCAACUGGGUAACGUCAUGGUGUUCCACGAAGCACUGCAGCCCAACCACGUCAAGGCCCUCUGCAGCCUCGGGCCAAACUGCAUUUCUCCUUUCAAGACCCAAGAGGCGGAGCUCGGUGACCUCACAUCUAAACUUCUGCUGCACUACUCCCCCAAGGCUUGUCGGAACCCCAUCUGUUUGGACCUGUCCCCCAACCUCCUCCAUGGACGUCUGACUGGGAACAAGGUUGUCAACUGGGACAUCAAGGAUAUGAUCAACUGCGUGGGAGGUCUACCUGUCCUCUUUCCCAUCCUGGAACAACUCACCCUGCUGACCCCUGAGAACCACACCGCUGCCGACCCCACGGGGUCAGAGUUCAUCAGCCCCACCCCUGACGCGGCCACCUCCCCCGGGGACGGGGACUGGGUCAUCCUGCCCUCCAACAGGUCCUCGGAGGCGCGUCUGGAGAAGAACCUGGUUGCCACGUUCCUGCUGGUGCUGAAGCACUUCCUGCAGCGUCACCCCAUCAACCAGGAGAGCCUGCUGCACUCCCAUGGAGUCGCCACCCUGGGGGGACUGAUGCAGAAGCUGCCUGCCAGUCUGGUGGAUGUGAGUGUCUUGGUGUCGGCUCAGCUCCUGGUGGAGCAGGUUACCUACGAAAAGAACCAGCAGCUGCUGCAGCAGCUCCACACACACCUUCUGUUCAACUUCAGCAUCUGGAACCUGGGAGACUUCCCCCUGCGCAUCGGUCACAUCCAGUACAUGUCCACCGUCAUCAAAGAAAACAGGAAGCAGUUCCGGAAGAAAUACGGAGUUCAAUUUCUACUGGACACCAUUCGCCUUUACUACGGUAAGAGUGUCAGCAGGGAGGGAGAUAUUAGUGAAGACGACAAUCAGACCAUCCGAUCGUCCCUCUGCGGCCUCCUGAAGUAUUACAUCAGCAAGGGUAUGACCCAGGAGGAGAUGCACAGCAUUCUGGGAUACAUUGCCGCCAUCGGAGACGAGGAACAGCUCUGUGGAGUGAUAGAGUUGCUGCUCAGUCUGCUCCAGACCAGUGCUGCCAGGGACCAGCUUUUCCUGCUUCUGUUUGAGCCGGGGGCGGCCGACUCCUGCUACGCCCUGCUGCUCAACACCAAACACUCAGACCGCCUCCGAGAGCUCGUCUUCAAGAUGUUUGACCGCAUGCUGCGCUGCGACCGUGUCUAUGAGAAGAACAAGCAGAGGCUGAAGCUGAGGGAGGUGGGAUACUCUGGUCUCUCCCUGCUCUUCUCUGACCUCCACGUCACCCCCUCCCUCGUCAAGAGCCUGCUCAACCAGGUGCUCCACACAGAUCAUGUGGUGAGCUACAAGGACCUUAUGGCCCUGGUUCAGCUGACUCACCGGGCCGGGCCCAGCGUACGCCUGCUCGUGUGCAAUAGGCUGUACCAGCUCCUCCAGUCCCAGCAGGACGCGGCGCGGGAGAUCUCCAGACAGCUGUGCUGGCAGGAGACCCUGAUGAGGCUGUUCCUGCGCUGCCCCUGCGAGGGCGGCCCGGGGCGGGGCGACGCUGCCAGCACCUGCAGCCUGGACCUCAACCUCAGUCGGGGCAGCGGCAGCCGUCUAGAACUGCCCCUGGAGAGGAGGGGCCGAGCAGGCAGCGCCGGGAGACUGGUGGAUGAAGACCGCCUCAGCAUGAGCUCCAGAAGAUCAGUGGAUAGUCUUGAAAACGGGGAUGUGCUUUCGCUUCUGGACACGCCCGUUAGUCAGAUUGGGGAGGGCCUGUUGCUCAAACCCUGGGCGUCUGGGGGAGGGAAAUCAGGGGGGUUGAGUUUGGACCUGUCCCACAUGAGUGCCUACGAGGGCGGGGAGAGCGGCAACCAGACGCCGGGGAGCAUGGUCAGCACGCCAUCGCCGCUGGAGGCGUCAGUCAAGGCCUUCCCAGAUGCCUCGGCGGCGUCCCUCACCGAGGACAGCUUCCUGUUCAGCGACAACGUGUCGUUGGGGGAGUCGUUCAGCUGUGCUGAGCGGACGGAGGAGGAGCUGUCUCGCAUGCUGCUGGAGAUCGUGCUGUGCGUAAUGUGGCGAGGCGUGGAGGGCUCGGACGAUGCCGCCUGGCUGGAGCGGGGGCAGGUGUUCUCUGCCCUCACCAAGCUGGGCACUACCAACGAGCUGCUGCUGCCUGUGGACCACAUCAAGCUCAGUCUGAUGGAGAGGAUGCUGGAGUGGGCUGUGACUGACAACCGGGAGGCCACGGCGGCCAUGUUGCCCCAGCACACCGAGAACGCUGUGCGGCUGCUCCACGUUGUGCAGGACUUCCUGCAGGCUGAGGGCCUGGUCAACCCCACCCUGUGGACAGAGAAGGUCCUGGAGGAGACAGUGACUCUGAUGGACAGUCUCAUGGUGUGGUACUCGUCAGGGGCCCAGUGGCUGCAGCUGUCUCAGGUGGGCCUGAGGCUUCUGCUGGGCUUCAUGGCCCAGGAAGACCCCCAGGUUUGUGCCUUGGCUACAGCCAAGCUGAACGGCAUCCUGCAGACCAAGAGCGUGGAGACUCAGGACGAGGCGUGUUACCUGCUGGGCAAGGUGGAGGGCAUCCUGAGGCGCUCUGUAGGGGGGCAGACGGAGGAGACCUAUAUGUGCCUGGUGCCCCUGCUCCGCACGCUGCUCUCCAAGGUGAACAAGCUGCUGUACAUGGAGCUGCACCUCCCCCAGCUGCCUGACACCAACGGCAGCCCCUCCUUCUUCGAGGACUUCCAGCUCUACUGCAACUCCCCCGAGUGGAGGGUCUACCUCGACAAAUACAUCAUCCCCUACAUGAAGCAGUAUGAGAUCGAGACGUUUAGCCAGGGUCACGAGACCAUGGCUCUGUUCUGGAAGGAGUGCUAUGAAAGCUUCAUGGUCAACCUGCACAAGAGAGAGAGGGAGAGGGGAGAGAGCAAGCUACGCUUCCAGGAGCAGUUUGUGGAGCCCUUCUCUCGGCGUGGCCGGCAGGAGAACCUGCGAUACAACAGCAUGCUGAAGCAGCUUCACAGCCAGCACAGCGCCGUCCUCAGGCAGUGGAGAGGAGCACGCCGCAGCCUGGUGUGUGAGAGAGGCCCCUGGGCAGACAGGCAGCAGAUUGAGAUGCACUGGCGAGUGUCCAGCGCGGAGAAUUAUUCCCGCAUGAGACUCAAACUGGUGCCCAACUACAACUAUGAGGACCACCGGCAGGCCAGCGCUCUCAGGGACAACCUGGGUGUCCAGCAGCAGAAGGUGACAUCUGAGUCCUUACUGCUGGAGGCGGUCAAGCAGGUGAAGGUAAGCGACCUGGAGGAUGACAUUCUGGAGCUGCCUGAAGACGACCCCGCAGCGACCAACAACACGGGGGAUGUGGAGGAGGCAGGCCAGAAGGAGAAGCUGGUUCUGUGGGAGGACUGUGAGCUGGUCACCCAGGUGGAUGUCAGCCCUGGACGUCUGGAGCUCACCACCCAGCACAUCUACUUCUAUGACAGCAGCACAGAGAAGGAGGAGGGUGUGGGUCAGGACUUUAAGUGGCCUCUAUCUCAGAUCCGGGAGAUCCACCUGCGAAGGUACAACCUCCGCCGCUCGGCCCUGGAGAUCUUCCUCAUAGACCAGACCAACUACUUCCUCAACUUUAAGAAAGAGGUGCGGAACAAGGUGUACAGUAGGAUGCUGCUGCUGCGCUCCCUCAGCCUGUACGGCACACGCUCACCACAGGAGCUGCUCAAGGCCUCCGGACUCACACAGAAAUGGGUGAACCGAGAGAUGACCAACUUUGACUACCUGAUCCAGUUGAACACCAUCGCGGGCCGAACCUACAACGACCUGUCUCAGUACCCAGUGUUCCCCUGGAUCCUGUCAGACUACACGUCAGAGGAGCUGGACCUGACAGACCCAGGGGUGUUCCGGGACCUGUCCAAGCCCGUGGCCGUACUCAACGAGCGGAACGCCAAGGCUGUACGGGAGAAGUAUGAGAGUUUUGAGGACCCCACGGGGACCAUCGACCGGUUCCACUACGGUACCCACUACUCCAACGCAGCAGGAGUCAUGCACUAUCUCAUCCGCGUGGAACCCUUCACGUCCCUCCACAUCGCGCUACAGAGUGGACGGUUCGACUGUGCGGACCGUCAGUUCCACUCCAUCCCAGCUUUGUGGCAGACCCUCACGGACAACCCCAACGACGUCAAGGAGCUCAUCCCAGAGUUCUUCUACUUCCCGGAGUUCCUGGAGAAUCAGAACGCCUUUGAUCUGGGGCGCCUGCAGAUCUCCAAGGAGAGGGUGAAUGAUGUCAUCCUGCCUAAAUGGGCCAAGUCUCCAGAGGACUUCAUUUAUAAGCACAGGAAAGCCCUGGAGUCUGAGUACGUAUCGGCCCACCUGCAAGACUGGAUCGAUCUGAUCUUCGGUUACAAACAGCGAGGCCCCGCGGCCGUGGAGGCCCUCAAUGUCUUCUACUACUGCACCUACGAAGGGGCGGUGGACCUGGAUGCAAUCACUGAUGAGAAGGAGCGUAAAGCCGUAGAGGGGAUGAUCAGUAACUUUGGACAGACACCCUGCCAGCUGCUCAAGGAGCCACACCCAGUACGUCUCUCUCUGGAGGAGGUGGAGAGGAGGAAAGGUCGACUAGACGCCUCGCCACUCAGCAUCUUCGAGCACCUUGCCGAACUCAAGUCCUUCUUUGUCGAGGGGAUCAAUGACAACGUGCCUCUGGUGAAAGCUGUGGUGCCCAAGAACCAGUCCCAUUCCUUCAUCACCCAGGGCAGCCCAGACACUAUGGUGACCCUGAGUCAGAACUGUCUGAUGGGAACCCACGGCUGGCUGCCUUAUGACAAGAAUAUCUCCAACUACUUUACCUUCAUCAAAGACCCCACCGUGGCCAACCCCAAGACCCAGCGGGUCCUGGGCGGGCCCUUCUCUCCGGGCGUGGAGGUGACGGCAGGACUGUUUGUGGUGUCACAUGACGGGAAGCUCCUGUUCAGCGGUGGCCACUGGGACAACAGCCUGAGGGUCACCUCCCUGGUCAAGGGAAAGACUGUGGGACAUCACAUCAGACACAUGGACAUAGUCACGUGCCUGUCGACAGACUACUGUGGGAUCCACUUGAUCUCUGGAUCCAGGGACAACACCUGUAUGGUGUGGCAGGUGCUGCAGCAGGGAGGUUGUCCGGUGGGGCUGUGUCCCAAGCCGGUACAGGUGCUGUAUGGACACACUGACGAGGUGCUGAGCGUCAGCAUCAGCACAGAGCUGGAUAUGGCCGUCUCUGGAUCACGGGACGGGACGGUGAUCAUCCACACGGUGCGUCGGGGCCAGUACAUGCGGUGUCUGCGGCCGCCCUGUGAGAGCUCCCUGCCGGUCUCCAUCCUGCACCUGGCUAUCUCUUAUGAGGGGUGUGUGGUGGUUCACACCUGUGUAGAGGGCAAGGCCACACUCAAGGAUAAGAACGGCCUGCACCUGUACUCUGUCAAUGGGAAGCACCUGUGUACAGAGGGCCUGAAGGAGCAGGUGACAGACAUGUGUGUGUCCGGGGAGUACCUGGUUAUCGGCAGCGAGCAGGGCUUCCUCUCCAUACGAGACCUGAACAGCCUGUCCCUGUGCGCCACCCCCAUGGCAAUGCGCGUGCCCGUAUGCUGCGUGUCUGUCACCAAGGAGCAGAGCCACGUGCUGGUGGGCCUGCAGGACGGCAAGCUGAUCAUUGUGGGCGUGGGCAAGCCGGCCGAGGUAAAGAGCUCGUUCAGAAACUACAUCGCCCAGAGCCUGGAGGGCUCACCCCUCAUGGCAAUGCCACUGCUUGCCCCGCUGAGGGUGCGCUCGCCCGCCCGCAGGCUGAGCCUCCGGGACAAGUUAAUGUUUGACCCCCAGGGCCCUGACCCCUGACCCCCUGAGCAGAACAUCCCCCUCAAUUCAAUAAAAAAAAGUAUUUACCUCAGAGGGAACUUCAUAAACUCACCCUACAAACUACCACCGCAUACCAUUCUCUCUCUGUUUUAGUGCUAAUCAUUUGUCCUAAAUGACCUGUCCUUCCUUAGCCACAUACACCUCGGUUGUGUUCAUUAGGCACCAAACGGAAGAGAACUGACAAACAGCGGAGGAGCUACCUGGACUUUAUUCCCCCCCGUCUUCUGUUGUAAGACUUCAAAUCAUUUUCUGUUGCGUGUCCUAAUGAACAUGACCCUGUUUCUGGGGUGAAGCAGGACCCUGGCCCAUUCUUGCCCUGCAAGGAUUGGUGACCACAACACACACAGUAACACUUGAGACAUUCCAUAAACCCCUCUGAAUGAAUACAACACAGCCUCUCCUGGAAUAUUACUGUGAAAUGAAAACACGGGCUUCCGUUUACCUCAUUCUAACCGAGGAAUGACUUCUGUUUGGGCCUUGGGAUGGCGUUGUCCAAUAUUGUUUACCGGAAGUGUCAUUAUUAUUGACUGAUUUAAUAUGUAUUUGUGACAUGCUGUGAAUUGCCUUGGAUGAACACCUCUGCAAAUUCAAGCCAUAUAAACUAUAUUAGUAAUAAGCUACGCUAUAAUAAGAUGCACUAGGCUGUAAUUUAUCCCCACCUGCUCCUCAAGUGAUGGUUUAACCCUUAUUGUCUUCCUGCUCUUCAAGUGAAAAUGGUUUAACCCUGAUUUCUUCCUCCCUACUGGUAGACAUGAAAGUAAGGUUAACUCUGGGGCUGUAAUGAUGGGAUAGGGAGGGACACAGGGAAUCACCUUCGAAUCAAUUGAUCAUUUGAUCCCCUCCCAACUUCUCUCACCUUUCUUUUAUACAAAUGGACCUGCCUCAAAGUGAACCAAGCUUUGGUUUUGAACUGGCACUACGUCAUUCCAACAUUACUGAACUAACCGAUCACUCAUAAAUCAUAUCCUGCUUUUUGUUUGUUUCUUUUGACUUCACACUUUCCUCCUCCUCCUCAUCUCUCUCCUCUUCCUCACUUCCUCCUCCUUUCCUCCACUCUUCUCAGAUGCGUUCAGGCCAGAUCACUCGUAAGCUGUGGGGCUCCAGCAAGCGCCUGACCCAGAUCUCCUCUGGAGAGACAGAGUACCAACCAGCCUGCAACCAGAACUGACCCCCACAACCACCCUUUUCACCCCCCACUCCUCUCCACUACCACCACACCCCCUCACCCUGCUGCCUGUCUGAUUGGCCUGCCAGCCCUGCCAAUCAUCACAGUCUACCCAAUCAGAUUUGAACCACCCCUCGUUUUGAUUGACUGAUGACUGUUUUGGGGGAAUUUUACUCUCCUUUUUUGUUCCUCCCUCUGACUUUGGAAGGACAGACUGACCCACGAGUGGAAGACGGGGGGGGUGUGUGUGUGUGUGUGUUUUAACUGUGUGUAAAGGUUAGGCGGAUGCGUAGGGCAGGUCAGGACGGACCAACCGGCGCGGGCGUCGGGUUUCUGAUCCAACUGUAGGUGCAUACAUCCCCUCACACACCCUCCCCUUCAAUGACACACAUGGACAUUACUCUUCAUCUUCCAUCAUCACUAGCACGGUCAGGCCAGUGGCUCCCACUACUACAGAGACCCUCUAUGCAGACACACACUACAGCAAUCUGAGCUGACCUCUGACCCCUCCACCUCUCAGGCCCAAGGAAUGAAGGGGAUCCCCAACAUAGAAAUGUAAUUACUCCAAUGGGAACACUUAACCUGGUUGACGGUCCACCCAUCACAUAACACUGACUUCAAUGGGAAUUCUAGUUUAUACUUCUCCGAGCCCUGAACCCGAGACCACUGAGCAGUAUGUGUGUGAAUGUACACUCUUUGUGUUUCUGUGUGUUGUCUCUCGCUGGUUGUUUUCUCCCGUGGGCUUUUGUUGACUUGGUUUUGCCUUCCAGUCUGACUAGGCUGUGACCGAUGCCUCAGGGCGCCUAUGCAGCAAUAAGGGGCUAUGUUCAGUCACAAUACAAUGUUUUUGUUUAGUUUUUUUGUGUUUGAUGUUACUGAUAAUUGUAGUUUUUUUUUUACAGAUGCGUGCAUGUGUAUAAGGUCUGUGGUUAGGUUGUGUUUUGCAUGGCAUUUCCGGCCCACUCCUCAUUUAUUAUAGAGGACGGGGCCCUAAGGUAUCCAACACUCGUACUAAGCCUGACACACACACACUUGUUUGCUAAUGUACACUUGCAUAGACCCCUCCCUAUUGGAGAAGCCUGUGACUGUGUUCCUGUCAUCUCUAUUGCAAUCUCAGUAGAUUUCUAUAUGACAUUUAAUGUGGUUUCUGAGUCGAUGAACACUACUCCAGGCGUUGUGAAAUCUGAUAAUCGGCAAUAAAGACGACCUGGAACGCACCCAAAGUCGGCUAGUUUGACACUACAGAAGAAGAGAGAAGCCUAGUGUUGUAGAAUCACUAGAUACCCCAUACCGUGCCCAAAGGACUCGCUCCCCUCAAACACUACACUCUUACACACACUGCAAGCUUCUCACACUUGUGUUAGACCGCAUGCUUCGGAGGGACGAACCAUACUGAACCUGGCUUAGUGUGCAAUGUUUAGCUCUAGAUCCAUCCUAGAAUGUUUUUAUGUUACUUGAAUCGAUGUUUAUUUAUGAAUUAAAAUGAGCUUUUUUCCCCGUAGGCUAUUUAAAUUCACACUACAUCAGUUGUAUGUUUUUAAGUGGUGCUUCAGUUGUUCAACAAAGAUUUAUGCUGCGAAAAACUAAAGACUGUGGAUCGAUCCACCUUUCAGAAUGGGAGGGGAGACUUUCUAAGGGCUUUUGAGAUGUCGGUGUUACAGCAAUACAGUUCCUUCCUCUGCUCCACUGACUGUGCAUUGGUACAUUCCAGCCUCUUGUUAAGGCUGAACUAAAAAUCUCCAGUCUUCCUGGUUUUUCUGACCGGGACGACGCGAUUGGGAGAUUAAACUUAAUUCUGCCAAGGGACAUCCCAAACGGCUGUCAUCUUCCAACAGUCAGAAUCACCUCAGUGUUCCUCCUCCUUCCAUAAUUGUCUCUUAGUUGGGAGCCAUGUCAGCUAGUUAAGGUCCUUUGGAGUUCCAUAAAUGCAGUAAUGUCACUAAACGUGUCUGUGAACCAGGCCUAACGUGGCUUUUUGAGAUUUCAUGUGUGUUUUUAUGUCAAUGUUUGAGAUUAUGAAUGAUUUUACCCCCCAUUGAAUCCUUAUGGUUGUUAUGCUCCUGUCAAAUCAAAAUGACAGUUUGGUUCGGGGUAGCUCAUCUGUUGCAUAAUGUGAGUGUGUAUGUUCAUGAUGACAGUAGUUUCUUAAAAUGCCAAAUUCCUUAUUUCCUUGUCAUAUCAUUUGCCUUCUUGGUAAUAAUUCAGUGAUUCUGGUUCUUAUCUAUCAUGGAUUUAGAAUCAUUCAUUCUGAUUCUAUGGUGGUUAUAGAUUAGGGAUCAGACUUCUAUGUGCAGUGUGGUUGUUUUUGGUCUAAUCUUUUAAGUGUCUCCGCAAUCUGUCCGGAGAAUGCAAUCACAGACCAACGUGUGCCCUUUUUUUAUCCCAAGAGGCCGUUUCAAUAAGUUUAUUUUUAAUUGUUUAUGCUGAUGUGUCUCGAAGGCAUACUCCUUUAAACGGUUUCCAUUCUCAUCAGGAUGUGUUACUCAUUUUUUUCCAAAGGACGUAUUUAAUAAAUGUUUCUAUUUUUGUCCAUCUUAGUUUGUCAGGCAGACGACGCCACUAUCUUGUUUUAGGACUUUCUUCCGACCCCACCACUGAAACAGUGCCUUUUUAUCCACGUUGCAUCAUACAGACAAUUAUCCGGUUCGUGUGUAGAAUUCUUUGUUUUACCCCUCCCUCCAUGAUAACCCAUGGAUAGCAGCAUUCCACAAACUUAACAUCCAAUAGGAACCAAGAAUCUAGAACUGAAAACAAAGUUGACUAAAAAUCUGGAAUAUAUUGGUGUCUUACCUUAGCUGCUUGCUCUGUGACUGUCACCAAAAUGGAUGUGUGUGUGUAUAUCUGCUUUAUAAAUACUGGUGUAUAAUGUACAGCAUGAUUUUUAUUUUAGUGGAUUUUAAUUGUACUUUUUGCACUUUCCAGGUACUAAAUUGUAAGUGAUUGUUUUAAAUGUUUCCCUGGUCCAUUCUGUACAGACAAACUGCUUUGUAUACACAAGUGGAAAGUAAUCAUUAAAGUCUUGUCAAACAUGUCA